AUGACAGUGGAUAUUCAUAAUAUUGUUGGAAUUCAUCGUCUUCAUACGAGUCAAAAAGCAGAUGCACUAGACUUCGGUGUUGCACUUUUAUGCUGGCUUUGGAUAUUUCCAAUAACAUUUCCUGAAGCAAAUCAAUGGCAUUUUAAAUGGGUAUCGAUAGUAUUUCUUUAUAAUAUAGCUUGUGAAUUUAUUAUUUAUUCAUUUUGGCAUUGGAUAACUCAUGGACGUACAAGUCCAUAUCUACAAGGAGCAUUUCAUGAAAAGAAAUUUAAUCCGAUAAAUUCAUACGAAGAAAAAGGUUAA